AUGGAACAAACAACCUCGGGUGGCCUCGAGACGCUUGCGGCGGAGAAGUCUGAAAUUCAGGCACAGGAUCAACAAGAUCAUAUCCCAGCGAUCCAAUCCCUCGCAAGCAAUGGCGCAUCCGAAGAAGCCAACCGGGGGCUGAAGCGGGCGGCCGAAGAUGAGGCUGGAGACGAACAGCAAGAGGCCGACGAGUCGCAAGAAGUGCAGAUUACGACCGAGGGCGAUGCCGCCGACAAGCCGCUGUCCAAGAACCAGCAGCGAAAGCUCAAGCGCCAAAAGAUGUGGGAAGAGAAGAAGCAGGACCGAGCUCUCAAGCGCAAGGAGAAGAGACACACUGCGCAGGAGCGCAGGCGAUUGGAACGCGAGGAAGAGAUCGCCAAGGCCGCCGAGGAGGGUCGCGAGCCUGUGCUACAAAGGAAGGAACGAAACCGAGACCCCAAGAAAAAGACUCAGGUGCCUGUGUCCAUUAUUAUCGACUGCCAGUUCGAGGACAAGAUGUUUGAAAAAGAGCAAAUCUCACUCUCCAGCCAAGUCACAAGAUCAUAUUCUGACAAUCGCAUGGCCCAACACCCCGUGCACCUCACGGUCAGCUCGUGGGGAGGCAAAUUAGAAGAGCGGUUCGACAGCACGCUUAGAGCACAAUACAAGCAGUGGAAAGGCGUCAAUUUUGCCAGGGAGGACUUUGUAGGCGCAGCAAAGGUUGCUGCAGAGAUAAUGUCUGGCGAACAAGGCGGUACCGUCAUCGACGUGCUGAAACCCAAUGAGUCGGGCGACUCUCUUUUCUUGGGCGAGAUGGCGCCGACUGGCAAGGCAAAGAAGAAUGACCCAACACCACAACCCGAGCCGGAAGCCGAGGAUGUCGACAAGUCCAUUGUCUACCUCACUGCUGAUUCCCCAUACGUUUUGGAUCGCUUGGAGCCCAACACGAGCUAUGUGAUAGGUGGUAUCAUUGAUCGCAACCGACACAAGGGUUUGUGCUACAAGGUGGCAAGAGAGAGAAAUGUCCGGACGGCCAAGCUGCCGAUCGGCGAGUUCAUGGUCCUACAUGACCGACAUGUGUUGGCGACGAAUCACGUAGUGGAAAUCAUGCUCCGGUGGUUGGAAUUGGGCGAUUGGGGUGCCGCUUUCAUGCAAGUAAUUCCGACCCGCAAAGGCGGAAAGCUGAAGGACGAUGUCGAAGGCUCAGAAGCUGCAGUUGACGACCAGGAUCAGGAAGAGGCCGAAGCUGACGUAGCCGCCGAAGCUGAUGCAGCCGCAGAAGAAGCUGCUGCUGUCGACGUCGAGGCCUAG